CCGGCAGGAGGGCCACCACAAGGAGCUCCAGGGACCCACCGCACGCCCCUUUUCAAUCUAGACGCGUCGGAUGAGAUUGCUCCUGAGCCAGGUUGACCGUGCACGCCGUUCUUGCCGCUCGCCACUUGUCUGAUCGCUUGACGGCGCCGACACAGGAGACACCACCGGGACUAUGUGAGCACCAUGCGGGCUGUGGGAUGCCUGCUGUUCGCUGCUGUGUUUGCACGGUGCUCCGUGACUGUUGCAGGUCUAAGGGAAGGGUGGCAGCCCCCAGCUGAAGAUUUGGUGCAGCCCAAGAGGCUCUUGCACCAAAUCCACUCCCAGGAGGAGCUGCUCCACAGCCGCCUCAGCACCCGGGUCCAAAACUCCACAACAGAGGCACAGCCCGUGCAUCUGGCUCACAGCAGCUUCCUGGUGGAGGCCUUUGGCACCUCAUUUAUCCUCGACCUGGAACUCAACCACCAUCUCCUGUCUGCAGACUAUGUGGAGAGACACUUUGAAGACGGUGGACAGCCCUCACAGAUUAAGGGCGUGGAGCACUGCUACUACCAAGGGCGUGUCCGAGGUCUGCCGGACUCCUGGGCCGCUGUGUCCACCUGUCACGGCCUGUGGGGAAUGUUCUCGGACGGGAAUGUCUCCUACGGGAUCGAACCUGCGGGCAGUGGCGAGGUGGACCACGUUGUGUAUCGCAUGCCUCACAUCCACCUACUCCCACCUCCUUGUCCAGAAUGCACCGUGAAUAACACCCAGCCUGAAGGGCAGACAGGCGGCGGCGGUGCUGCUGAUGAGGGUGACAGGAACAGGCAGGAUGGAGCCGACUUGUCUGAGCAGGAGAAGUCAAAGCUCACUAACGGUUUGAGACGCUCAAAAAGACAAGUGCGGGGUGGUCAGCGCACCGUGCAGUCAGAGACCAAAUACAUUGAGCUGAUGGUCAUAAAUGACCAUGAACUGUUUGUCCAGCAGCGUCGGUCCACAUCUCUGACAAAGAACUUUGCCAAGGCGGUGGUGAACAUGGCGGAUGCAAUUUACAAGGAGCAGCUCAACACACGCAUCGUCCUGGUCGCCAUGGAAACCUGGUCCUCUGAAAACCGCAUCUCGGUGGGUGACGACCCCCUGCUCACGCUACGUGACUUCAUGAAGUACAGGAAGGCCAGCAUCCGGGAACGCUGCGACGCCGUGCACCUCCUCUCCGGGAGGACGUUCAUGAGCAGCCGCAGCGAGGCCGCCUACAUCGGCGGCGUCUGCUCCCUCAGCAGGGGCGGCGGCAUCAACGAGUUUGGCGCUGUAGGUCCGGUGGCCAUCACACUGUGCCAGAGCCUGGGUCAGAACAUCGGCAUGCUGAGGAACAAGGACAGACCUGCCGCAGGAGACUGCAGGUGUCCAGACCCGUGGUUGGGGUGCAUCAUGGAGGACACCGGUUAUUACCUGCCUAGGAAGUUCUCUCGUUGCAGCGUUGACGAAUAUCUUCGCUUCCUGCAGCAAGGGGGUGGCAGCUGCUUGUUCAACAAGCCCAGCAAGCUGCUGGACCCGCCUGAGUGCGGCAAUGGCUACGUAGAGCUGGGAGAGGAGUGCGACUGUGGAUCACUAGUGGACUGUGCCCGUAGUGGCGCCAACUGCUGCAAGAAAUGCACACUUACCCACAAUGCAAUGUGCAGCAACGGCCUCUGCUGCCGCGACUGCAAGUACGAGCUGAGAGGAGUGACGUGUCGCGAGGCCGUUAACGACUGUGACAUCCCUGAAACCUGCACAGGUGACUCCAGCCAGUGUCCUCACAACGUCAACAAACUGGAUGGCUACACAUGUGAGGCCGGACAGGGUCGUUGCUAUGGAGGCCGCUGUAAGACCAGAGACACCCAGUGCAGAAGCCUGUGGGGCUACAACUCCGCUGACAGGUUCUGUUAUGAAAAGCUCAAUGCAGAGGGCACCGAGAAAGGAAACUGUGGUCCCGAGCCUGGCGGCCAGGGAUGGAUGCAUUGUAACAAACAGGACGUCCUGUGUGGUCUGCUGCUGUGCACCAACGUGACCGACAAACCCAGUGUUGGCGAGCUGCAGGGCAAACUCACAAGUCUGACCAUCUACCACCACAACAGAUACCUGGACUGCAGGGGUGGUCACGCAGUGCUGGACGAUGGCUUGGACCUGGGCUACGUGGAAGACGGAACACCGUGUGGGCCCAACAUGAUGUGUCUGGAACGCCGCUGCCUCCCGGUCACCACCUUCAACCUCAGCAUGUGUCCCGGCUCGUCGUCCUCGCGCAUCUGCUCCCAUCACGGCACAUGCAGCAACGAGGUGAAGUGCAUCUGCGAUCGGGACUACACCGGGAAGGACUGCAGUGUCUUUGACCCCAUUCCCAUUCCCACCCCACCUGAGGGACCAGAGAAAUACAAAGGUCCGAGUGGUACCAACAUCAUCAUAGGCUCUGUGGCCGGCGCUAUCCUGCUGGCAGCCAUCGUCCUGGGAGGAACUGGAUGGGGGUUUAAAAACAUUCGUAGAGGAAGGUACGACCCCGCCUAUGAGUCCUGACUCUUAAACAAUAUUAUUUUUUACACACAGUCAUGGGAAAAUGUGUUUUUUGUAAGGUUACGUUUCUAUUUCUGAAUCGGUGCGCACAAAAGGGUGGAAAUGCUCACGGACUUAGGAACUAAUUGUCCAUAAGUCAUUGAGUAUUUGUCUAAAGGUUAUAAAACUUUAAGGAUUUCUGUUUUACAGUCGUCCCUCGUUGAUCACGGUUAAUUGGUUCCAGACCCGACCGCGAUAAGUGAACUUCCACGAAUAUUUUUGUAGUUACGGCAUAGAAAACCUGUUUACAACCGACCUUCUAUAUUUUUAACAUUAUUAGAGCCCUGAAGACAUGAAAUAACACCCUUAUAGUCACUUUUACGUUUGUAUUAUCCAGUAUAGUAGAUAUGAUCAGAGAAGAUAAAGUGUAUUAGAUAUAAAUAACAUAAAUAGAUUCAGAUUUUUUUUUUCUACAGCGCAUUUCUACGGCGCCCGAUAAGGGCGAAUUUUCUGUGUCCUUAUUGGCUAAGGGAGAACCCGUGUGUUGUGUUCUGUGUCCUUAUUGGCUAAGUGAGAACCCGAGUAUUGUGUUCUGCAUCCUUAUUGGCUAAGGGAGAACCCGCCCAUUGUCGUCUGCCAACUGGUUGGGUGUACUCUGAACUCUGUAUGUUUGCAAGUUUUCUCCCUGACAAAACCCACAAUGUCCAUGGAACGUUCUGCAGCCGAAAGGCAGAGGAAGAUGCUAACCAUUCCACAAAAAGUUGGACUUUUGGACAUGCUGAAGGAAGGUAGACGUUACACGGCUGUAGGGCGCCAUUACGGAAUAAAUGAAUCUUCGGUUGGAGGAGGGGGAGGACGACAAAAAUAGGACAAGAGCAACAAUAUGUUUGACGAAGAUGCACGGUCAGAGCAGUGAAAUACGCGUGAGUCACUUAAUCAUUUCUUGUGUCCAACCUCGUGGGUUGAUCAUUAAAGUUCAAACGAAGAUUUGAACCUUGUGUGUGUUUAAACAAGAGAAAAAUGUGAGCAAAGUGUAUAAAGUUUAUAGUGAGGGGGUUUUACAGCCAUAAACAUGUACAGUGUUCCUUCGUUUAUCGCGGGGGAUAAGUUCCAAAAUAGCCCGCAAUAAGUGAAAUCCUCGAAGUAGCCAACUGUAUUUGUUUACCAUCAUUAUAUACUAUAUGUUUUAAGGCUGUAAAACCCCUCACCAUACACUUUACACACUUUUCUCAGAAAGACAUUAACAUGUUCUCACAUUUCUCUCUUGUUUAAACAACCUCAAAUUUCAAAUUUCAUUUGAAUUUUAAUGAACAGACUACUUGGUUCGACACAAGAAAUUAAUGACUCACUGACCGUGGCUCUUCGCCGUUCGGCUGUGGCGUUUUCGUGUCCUUGUUGAAGCGUGUUGCAUCUGCCGUCGUGUAAUAUUCCCCCCGUGUUGUACUCCGUGAGCCGAGGAUUCAUUUGUUCCACUCGAUGCGGCCUCUAUCUAUGUCUAUGGCUAGCCAUGAACACAACAGGAAGAUGGUAUACAGCCAAUCAGGACGCUGAAGACUACAACACUCAACUUCCCACAACGUAAUUGUUCUUAAAGGGCCAGGCUCGGCCUAUAACAGCGUUCUUACACUGUAAAGUUGUUUCUAAAAAUCAUCAAAAUUGCAUCUAAAAAAUUCCGCAAAAGAGCGAAACCGCAAAAAGUGAACCGCGAUGGAGCGAGGGAACACUGUAUACUAAUUGUAAAAAAAAUCAUGUUGGUUACUACGCGAAUUUCACUUAUUUCGGCCUAUUUUGGGAACCUAUUCCUCACGACAAAGGAGGGAACACUGUACUACAUUCACAAUUAGAAUGCUUCUUCUGCCUUGUGUUUGUAUUUUUAGUUCAUUUAGUUUAGUUCAUUUAGCCAUUUUUACGCUUGAAGAUGCUUAAUUUUAGCCCACGAAUUAGUACAAUUUGCUUAAACAUACAUAUAUAUAUUUUUUACUAAUAAUAGGCUGUAUUCAAUCACGAAACAGCCAUCAUUUAUGAAUUAAUAAAAAACUCAGAAAAAACGGCGGCAGCGAUGUUUGAACCACGGCGUAGCUAGGGAUGACUGUACAUGUUUACUGGCGUGGCUAACGAAGCAUUCUGACCGCAACCCACUAAAGUAAAUUCAUGACUACAUGACUGUACUGCCUUUGUCUUCAUCUGUACCAAAUAAAACACCUUUUUCUUGUUUUAUUUUAUUAAUGGCUUGCAUCACCUUUUUCU